AUGCUUGCGAUGAGCAUAGUGAUAUGGAUUGGAUGGAUUGGAUUGGAUGGUAUAACAAUGCCACGUGGAAACAAAGUCCUUAACAACACUCACUUGCGCAAGCAUUGGCAGAUGCGCGUCCGCACUUGGUUCAACCAAGCCGGUCGCAAGGAGAGAAGAAGAGAGACCAGAGCUGAGAAGGCUGCUGCUAUCUUCCCACGCCCAUUGCGCACCCUCAAGCCAAUCGUCCGUCCACCCACCCAGAAAUACAACAUCAAGACCCGUGAGGGACGUGGAUUCACCUUGGAGGAGCUCAAGGCUGCCAAGUUGAGCGUUCGUUACGCCAGAUCAAUUGGCAUUGCUGUUGACACUCGUCGCACCAACCUCUCCCAGCAAUCUCUCUCGCUCAACGCUCAGCGUUUGAAGGAGUACCAGAGCAAGUUGGUCUUGUUCCCACGCAAGGCUGCCUCGCCAAAGAAGGGUGAUGCCACCAAGGCUGAGAUUGACAGCGCCGUUCAGAACUUGAACGUCUUGCCAUUCAACCAGACCAAGAUCUCUGUCUUCACUCCACGCAAGGUCACCGACGCCGAGAAGAAGUUCCAGGCCUACUCCACCAUCAGAGCCGCCGCCGCCAAGGUCAAGAACUCUGGUUUGAGAAAGAAGGCCGCCGAGAAGAAGGCUGCCGAGUCCAAGGACAAGUAA